AUGAGCCUGAAACGAUGGUGUCUCCUCUGUUUUUCCGUACCUAACCCUUUGUGCCGCAAACUUCUCCGUUUCAAGAUCAGUUUCUGGCCGGACCUCAAGCCUCAGAGUUUGGUGAGGAAGCAGUGUUAUGGUUUGUCUCGCGGGGGCACUAAAAGCCAAAAUAACCACUACUACUACUACUACUACUACUACUACUACUACUACUACUACUACUACUACUACUACUACUACUACUACUACUACUACUACUACUACUACUACUACUACUACUACUACUACUACUACUACUACUACUACUACUUCGAAGACAUCGAAUAA